UUCACCAACAUGUCGGCGGAGGAGUAAAACUUUGCCGUCAAUAUUUAGUAAGUUUCGCCGUCCAGCUAUCCGUUCUUGGAGGAAUAUGGUUUGUAAGCGCAGCGUUGACUUAGUCAAGCCUUUGCAGAGCGGUUUACUAUGCAGGUUCAUAGUUUUAUGCGUAUUUAUUAGCGUUAACUUGCCGGUUUCUGACAGUGAAGGAAUCAGUCCAGAGAGAUGUCUCAUCUGGGGUCCAGGGCUGAACCCCGACAUAGUUUUACCAGUCCGCUUCUUCUUCAUUCAGGCGGUCAACUCCAAAGGAGAAAACCUGACUUUAUCUCCAGGUAAAGACACAUUUAAAGUGAAGAUAAGUUCCCUGGAUAAUAAUGAGCACAUCCGUGUCCACGUCCCUCCACCUCUGGACAGAAGAGACGGCUCCUUCUUGGUGAGGUACCGGCUGUACAGCACGGCCCUGAAAGGCCUCAGAGUCCAGGUCCUCCAUCAAGAUGCUGCUGUUGCCAAGUCACCCUACACUGUACCAGGUCCAGUCUAUCAUGAAUACUGUGACUGUCCUGAAUCUGAUGCCUCCGUCUGGCAGGACGUCAUGCAGUGUCCCGCUAAGGAGCCUCAGAUUCUGGCGGACUUUAAAUCUUUCCCAGCGGUCGACCUGCAGCAGCUCAGAGAGGAAGUGCCUCGCAGAUUCGCAAAUAGAGGAGGUAUCAUUCAUUACACCAUCAUCAACAAUCAGCUCUACCGCCGCACGCUGGGAAAAUACACCGACUUCAAGAUGUUCUCUGAUGAAAUACUGCUGUCUCUAACAAGGAAGGUGAGGGUGCCUGAUGUGGAGUUUUACAUCAAUGUUGGCGACUGGCCGUUAGAGACCAGGAGAGCGGAUGCCAGUCCCGGGCCUGUUCCAGUCUUGUCUUGGUGCGGCUCUACAGAGACACGAGACAUUGUCCUCCCCACCUAUGAGGUCACACACUCCACUCUGGAGACCAUGAGAGGUGUCACCAAUGAUCUGCUGUCUGUCCAAGGCAAUACAGGGCCUCCUUGGGCUAACAAAACAGAUCGGGCAUUUUUCCGUGGUCGGGACAGUCGCGAGGAGCGUCUUCAGCUGGCCUCUCUGUCCAAGAAAAAUCCUGAGCUGUUGGACGCAGGAAUCACAGGAUGGUUCUUUUUCAGAGACAGGGAGAAACAUGUAGGCAAGGCACCGCUUGUUGGAUUCUUUGACUUCUUUAAGUACAAGUACCAAGUGAACGUGGAUGGAACGGUGGCAGCGUAUCGGUUUCCUUACCUGAUGCUCGGGAACAGUCUGGUUCUAAAGCAGGACUCGCAGUUUUAUGAACAUUUCUACAGCCAUCUCAGAGCUGGCACUCACUACGUCCCUGUGAAGAGAAACCUGUCGGACCUGUUGGAGAAAAUCAAAUGGGCCAAAGAGAAUGACUCCGAGGCACAAGAGAUUGCCAGAGCGGGUCAGGCAGCGGCCAGAGAGUUGCUGCAGCCCAGCAGACUCUACUGUUACUACUACAGAGUACUGCACAUGUACUCAGAGCGGCAGACAGGACAGCCAACACAACAUGCAGACAUGGAGCUGGUGCCUCAGCCGGACGACCACACUGCUGUGUGCAGAUGUGAGCGCAAAAGCCAGAAAGAAGAAACGAUUGUGAAGGAUGAACUAUGAUGGACACUGUCUUUAGUCUUUAAUGAAUGUCAUUUCUCUCUCAAACAUUCCUGACAUGGAAGGAGUGAAGAAAAUGUGAAUUUCACUGAUUACCAUGUAACACUGUUCCAUCUUGGGCAGUAAAGAAAGUUUGAACCAGCAGGAUGUCUCUCUGAUAUUAUAAUUUCACACAAAAUAGUUCUGUUUUUUGUGUUGUUUUGGUACUUUUUGUAAAGCUCUGGUUAGUAAUGCAAAAACCUGAAGAUAUAAUUACUGUUUUGUAAAUGUGCCUUUGCAUGUUUUUCAAUGACAAGCAUUAGAUAUUUGUAUACAGUUUUAUCUUAAAAUACAUUCUGAAAUAAAUCUUAUUUUUGAGAGUUUA